CUCUUCAACUUAUACAGUGAUGUCAGCGCCAUACGAUCCAUACCCAGGUCCAAAUAGCAACAACAACCCAGCUGGAAAUCCAAAAACUGCAGCAAUUCAAGCGCAGAUUGAUGACACAGUCGGUAUUAUGAGGGAGAAUAUUACAAAGGUCUCAGAACGUGGCGAAAGAUUAGACCAUCUGCAGGAUAAAACAGAUGAUUUGGCCGUAUCAGCACAGGGUUUCAGAAGAGGUGCUCAUCGCGUCAGGAAGGCGAUGUGGUGGAAAGACACACGCAUGAAGAUUAUUUUGGCUUUAGUCGUUAUAGUCAUUAUCAUUAUUAUCGUAGUACCAAUAGUGAAAACACAAAACAAGUAAUCCAAUGGGUAGAAUCAACAGUUGCUGAAUUUAACGCGAACAAUACAAUGUGUACAUGAUGUAUUCUUUUUUUAUGUGAUUGCGAGAGAAGAAAAAUGCUAUUAAUAUAAAAAGUACACGUCUAAUCACCAACAAAGAAGAAGUUUCCACUGGCUGUAAUCGUUCGUCAGUCUUUCGUUUGAUUAUUAUAGCUAUAUACUCACCCUUCUGCUCUUUGUCCUUAAGUGAAUCUGUUUUGUUAACUCUUGGUCUAUAAUUGGUUGUAUCUCUUCUGAAAGUAACUUGAAGUGAAGACAAGAAUUUAUUCAUACCAGUGAGUAGACUUUGUGGUGCAUUCGCAGUCGCUUCAAUGGCUGGUUGACCGUCAAAGACGAUAACUCUAUCGGCAAGGUAAGUAGCCAUAAUGAAAUCGUGUUCGACAAUGAAAGCAGUCUUCUUGGCGUGCAAUAUGAAUCUCUUUAUGACUCUUGAUGCACUGAUUCUCUGUUCAGAAUCUAAGAAAGAUGAUGGCUCAUCGAGCAAGUAAACUGAAGCUGGUUUACCAAGUGCUAAAACGAUAGCGACUCUUUGUAAUUCACCACCAGAAAGUGUUUGUACAUCUUGAUCAAUGAUGUUAUCCAAUUGCAUUGGCCUGACAACAUCAGUUUGGAAUUGUGGAUGCAUGAAAGCACCCUUAAUUUGCUUCAAAAGGAGCAUUCUAACAGUGCCUUGGAAUUUAGGUGUAAUCUUUUGUGGCUUCAUUGAAACCUUUAAUUCAGGUUGAUCAGCUUCGUUGUCAGCCUUGGUUGCACCUGCCAACAUUCUGACGAGGGUGGUUUUACCAGUACCAUUUUCACCUAACAUGACAAUAACCUCAGAGUCUGUGAAUUCACCUGCCUUGACGUUCAAUUUGAAGCCACCCAUAGUCUUGGUCAUUGCUGGAUAUGGAACUGAAGAUGUCUUGUCGAGGGUAAGGUCAUCGGCUGCAUCUGCAAUCUUAAAGUUAAGCGACUCCUGUCUAAAGCGCAUAUUUUCAGUUGGCAAAUAACCAUCGAGAUAGAUGUUCAAACCUUCUCUGCUAGAGAAAGGCAUGGUAACAACACCGUAAGCAGCUGGUUGACCGUACAUACAACAAACGAAGUCAGAAAGGUAAUCCAAAACAGACAAAUCGUGCUCUACUGCGAUGACAUAAGUUGUUGCUGUUGCAAGACUUCUAAUAACCUUUGCAGCAUUCAAACGCUGCUUGAUAUCCAAGUAGGAAGAUGGCUCAUCAAACAUGUAAACAUCGGCUUUUUGAGCGCAAGACAUGGCAAUGGCGAAUCUUUGAAGCUCACCACCAGAGAGUUGGUUGAUUUCACGAUCUUUUAUGUUUUCCAAUUGAAGGAGGUCCAUCAAGAGUUGCUUGUUGUUGAGUUCCAUUUUGUUGUCCAACAUCUUCUCAACUGUGAUAGGUACUUUGAUGGCUCUUGGUAUGUGGUCUACGUACUGUGGCUUGAUGAUGGCCUUCAAGUUAUCUUCCAAUAUCUUCAAAAAGUAGUUUUGAAGUUCAGAUCCACGGUAGUGCUUUAAAAUCUCUGUCCACUCAGGUGGAUCGUCGUAUUUACCGAGGUUUGGCUUCUGCUUACCAGCCAAAAUCUUCAAAGCGGUGGACUUUCCUGUACCGUUUUGACCGACCAUACCCAAAACUUGACCAGCUCUAGGAGUUGGUAAUCUAUGCAAUUUGAAUGAGUUGGCUGUGUAUCUGUGGCUGACUUGUGAUUCCAAGUUUGUAGGCAAAUUGACGAUAUUGAUAGCCUCGAAUGGGCACUUUUUGGCACAUAA